AUGGAAUGGAUGUGCGAUGCCUGCCAUAGUAGUGAAAGCCAAGGAGCACGAUACAAAUGCCUGGCGUGCCCGGACUUCGACCUCUGCUCUUCGUGCGCUGCCGGACAGAAUCACACCAGUCAUCCGAUGCUUCGCCUCCCAUUCUCCCACAGACGACCGACGCCGUUGGCCGAUCUGAAACCGCCCAGGCGUCCGCCGCCUCCCAAGCCGCACAGAUCGGGGGGAUCUGAUCAGAAGACGACCGCUCCAACGACGCUAUCUUCUGGAAAUUCCGGAAAAUCCAACGAGGGUGAGCGACGAUUCGACAGCAUCCGUCUCAAGGCAAUUACAUAUGCUUACUAUCUUCAACUCGGGCCUGAGGGAUUGUGCUCAUUUGCUUCAGAUAUCUCUUUUCGGGAAAUCCUUCCAGGUGCUGAGGACGAAAACCUAUGCAAGCUGUGCCUGGAGGCGGAGUUGAACUGCGCGUUCGUCGACUGCGGCCACAUGGUCGCCUGCCUCCCUUGCGCGCAGAUGGUUCGGAAUUGUCCCAUUUGCCGGAAGGUCAUCACAAGCCGGAUCCGUAUCUUUAAGGCGUGA